GUCCUUGAUAAUCAUAGAUGAAAAUGAUUGUUUACAUAUGCACACUUUAAUACGAGAAAUGGGAAAAAUAAUACGAGAAAUGGGAAGAGAUAUUGUUUAUUUUGAAUCAUCGGACAAUCCAAGUGAGAGAAGUAGGUUAUGCUGCCCCAAUGACAUCAAUGAAGUGCUUCUAAGACACAAGGGUAAGCCGGCGGUGAGAUUUUCCAAAGAUGAAUGGGGAAGACUUGCUGAAAUCGAAGAACGAGUGACCUUGGUUGGGAAGUUUUCCAAGGGUCGGCCUCCAUUAGAGUUAAUCCGCGAGAAAUUUCAAUCAACGUUUUCACUCACAGGCUCUGCUCACGUGGGAUCACUGGAUUUGCGCCAUAUUCUGAUCAAGUUCUCGAGGGAGGACGAUUGUGAGAAGGUGUUAGCGAAGGGGCUCCCGAUGGUUGCCGGUAAACCAAUGCGCCUCACUCGUUGGUCGCCGGAUUGGAGCACGCGGAAGGAGUCGCCGCUUGCGGCGGUGUGGGUUGAUCCAGAGGAUGGGUUUUGGCAAAGAUUAGAGUAUGAAAAUGUUCCUUCUUUUUGCUCCAAAUGUUUCAAGCUUGGCCACCUUUUUACGUCAUGCAAAUCUGGGACUGGGAGUGAUAGGAGGAAUAAAAGUGGUGAAAUUUCUGGGUCUGGUCCAGUUGUUACACCUAAACAAAGUAAAAAAAGAAGCCUUCAACCUUUUGGUUUGGGUUUGGGUUUGGGUUUGGGUUUGGGUUUGGGUGUGGGUGUUCAAACCAGGUCCAUGAGGAGAAAGGGCCACAGGGCAGAUUCUAUUGAUAAUUCUCUCCUUCCUAAUUCCAAUUCAAAUACUUCUAUCUUUCCCCUCGAUUCAACUGAGAAUCUUCAAACCCAAAGUCCUUUCCUUAAACGCAACCAAAAUACUUUGCCCAUUGUUCCUUUGAAAGAAACGAGUUGGGCUAGUAUUGACCAUAAAUCUCCGAACUUUUCCUCCACUAUUGAUUCAAAUGCUACCCCCUCUAGCCUCCCUCCUUUUAGUAACCUUGUUCCCUUCUCUAAUCGAGCUAGGAGUAGUGCUAAAAGGGCCUUAUUGUUUAGAACUCCUAGACAGUACCGAGAGCUUGAAGGGAUUCACAGGUCGAGGGUGAUUUCUCAGUCUAAGUCUGAAUUGGACGAUGAAAUGUACGAGGAUGAUGUUUUGCGGUCGAACGAGGUGACAGAUCUGCUUGUUGGUCUUGACUAUGGAUAGUCUUGUCAAUGUUCUUAUAAUUUUAGUUGAUUUGCUUUGUUGAGGUUGUCUACACUUGUUGGGGGGCUUGAUCUUGUGCCCCUGCUAUCUUGUUUGUGCUUCAGUUGCUUGAUAAAAUUUAAUUAGUAAAAAUAUCUAAAAGAAAAGGUGACAAUAAUUCUAGGUUCUUUCACAACUUUGUAAUUUUCAAGGACUUUAUAAAAGUUUAAUCUCAUCUUGAUUUAAUAAA